ACUCAAACCCAACUUUUGUCCCUUUAUAUUCUACACACACAUACUUCAUUCUUUCUUCCUUAUCUAUCACCCCCACAAUUCAAAACACAACCCCUCCCUCUUCCUCCGUCUAAAACUUCAAGAAGGAGAAAAGGUUUCUUUUUUGUUGGUGACUUUGUUCCUCAAAAAUCAAAGAAAUGAUGGGGAAAAUGUUAUUUUUGGCAUGCUUAAAUUUCUUAGGAGUUUUCAUGGCUUCAACAAUGGCAAAGUCUGAUAAACUUAUAAGCCCUUCAAACUUAAGAAUGUUUGUUGACAAACUCCCAGACGUGCCAAGAAUUAAAGGUUAUGAUGUUAUCAAUGGUGUUCAUGUCCCUAAGUCUUUCAAGAUUGGCAUGUACCACAAGAAAUGGAAAUUCCACAAGGGCCUUCCUGCAACUCCAGUGUUUGCAUAUGGUACAUCGCGGCACACAGCAACAGUCCCUGGUCCUACAAUCGAAGCCCUUCAUGGCGUUGACUCUUAUAUUACGUGGAAAAAUUACCUCCCUUCAAAACACAUACUUCCAUGGGACCCAACAAUUCCAACUGCUACACCUAUUUCCAAAAAGGGCAUUCCUACUGUAGUGCACCUCCAUGGUGGAAUUGAUAAACCACAAAGUGAUGGACACUCUGAAGCAUGGUUCACUAGAGGAUUCAAAGAACAUGGGCCAAAAUGGACAAAUAAAAAGUACCACUAUCACAAUUUGCAACAUCCUGGAACUAUGUAUUACCAUGAUCACGCAAUGGGGUUGACUAGGAUCAAUAUAUUAGCUGGUCUAAUGGGUGCCUAUGUUAUUCGACAACCGAGCGUUGAGGGGCCAUUGGGAUUGUUAUACGGUGAAGAAUAUGAUCUUCCGUUGGUUGUUGUCGAUCGCAGUUUUCGUUUAGACGGUAAGAUUUACAUGAAUUCUACGGGAAACAAUCCUUCUAUACAUCCUCAGUGGCAACCUGAAUAUUUCGGUGAUGCCAUCAUAGUCAAUGGGAAAGCGUGGCCUUACAUGAAGGUGAAACGAAGGAAGUAUCGUUUUAGGAUCAUCAAUGCGAGCAAUGCGAGGUUCUUUAAGUUUUUCUUCACAAAUAAUAUGACAUUUAUUCAUGUGGCAUCUGAUUCAGCGUACCAUGAAAGACCAGUGGAGCUCCAUGACCUUCUAUUAGCUCCAUCGGAAAUAGCUGAUAUAAUUGUUGAUUUUUCAAAGUCAAAGUCAAACUCAGCGAUCUUAGCCAAUGAUGCACCCUACCCUUAUCCGUCUGGUGAUCCAGUCAAUGAAGCUAAUAGUAAGGUCAUGAAGUUUGUUAUCAACCCGCAGCGUGAGCUUCACUUAGGGCGCAUUCCACAUAAAUUGAUGAAAUAUCCAUCUCCAGACAUAUCAAAGGCUUCGAACACAAGGUACAUAGCUUUUUACGAGUACGCUAGCAACAUCGACGAGCCUACGCACCUAUACAUCAACGGAAAGUCGUUCGAGGCGCCCGUGACCGAGACACCAAGGGUCGGGACCAGUGAGAUUUGGAACAUCAUCAAUCUAACUGAGGACAAUCACCCAUUGCACAUUCAUCUAGGUCUAUUUGUUGUGUUGGAACAAAGAGAGUUGGUCAAUGAAGAUGAAUUCAAGGAUUGUAUGUUGAAAUUGAAUGAUGCAAUCAAGUGCAAAAUUAGCAAGUAUUCACAUGGGAAAAUGACAGAAGUGCCCCUCCAUGAGAAAGGGUGGAAAAAUGUGUACAAAAUGAUGCCUGGACAUGUUACAAAAAUACUUGUGAAAUUUUCUUACAUCCAUUCAAAUGCAUCAUAUCCCUUUGAUGCAACAGCAGAGCCUGGCUAUGUUUACCACUGCCAUAUUUUAGAUCAUGAAGAUAAUGUCAUGAUGAGGCCUCUAAAGUUUAUCCGUUGAUAGGAAAAACGCUCGAAUGAUGAAAGAGUUAAAAGAAGGGGCAUAUUAAUUGUCUUUGCUUUCUUAUUUUUGAUAAUUGUCGAUAUAUUAGUGCGUGCAAGUAUGUAAGGGGUACCGUAAUGUAUUACAUAUAUUUUUAGGAAUUUUGGAAUAAGCAGUGAAAAUUGAACCCACAUUUGUUGACCA